AUGAUUGAGAAAUGCAAGGAAGACUAUGAAAUUCUAGGAUUUAUCUGCAAUCUAAACUACCUCCUUCAACCUUUCUGUAUUGCAAUGGAAGUUCUGGGAUUUAUCUGUGUUGCAAUUGAUUAUGUUGGAGACUCUGCAUUGGCUUUAAUUGAGCAAUUGACAGAGGAAUUCUCAAAGGUGAUUAAGAAGAUGUUCUACUUCUACCUUCAAUAUGAUUCGGAUUUUGACUUUGAGACUUCUUCAUCUAAGAAUUGGUCACAGAUAAGGCAAUCAAUCUCGCAGGAUCUGAAAAAGAGAACGGAUUCAUUUAUUUCCGUUGUUGGCUUUAUGGAAUUUCUUUCUUUAAUCUUCAUUCUUUGGCUCUUUUAUAAGUAUCAGACUCAGUACUUAAGACGCGAUAACUACAAGAAUUACUACAUAACACAACAUUUCUAUGAAAUCGAAGAAAGAAAUUCCCAACUUGGUCGUGAUCUUGUUCUGCCCCUUCGUGGUGAGGAAAAUGAUCGCUUCACAGAUCUCCGAGCUCUGUGGUUUAUUCGCUACGAGAGAAGUAAACUCUUGCGAUCCUUUCCAUUCCUUCUCAUCUCAAACGUUCAAAUCCUCACAAUUCUCUUCACUGACUACAUACUCCAUUGGAUUCUGGCAGCAAUCAGGGACUACGAAAGUCAACAUCUCCCGGCAAUUGCUUCCGGGGGAACGGUUGUAAAAGUAACCGGACGCGGAUCCUUGUCGACUAUGUACAAGAACAUUGCCGGGGAAUUUGAGCCAUUUCUCAGGGGCUUUAGCAUUGAUUUUCGAGAAUGUAUCCCGGAUCCGAGUCCACCGAAUUGGGAGAGAUUUCGCAUAACAAUCUUCCUCAUUGUCAUCUGUUGGAUCUUCCUCCUUGUUGAGCCAUACAGUGUUCGUGCACAGCAGUACGUUAUGGAUUCCUUUCAUCCCGAAAGGGCUCGCAAGAGAUCAGCUUGGCUACAUGAGGAGAUCCUACGACGAAGGAGAAGUUUCUUAGCCAUAGCUCGGCAGAACUUAAUGCAGCAUUCGCAGGGGAAAAGUGGAGAGUAUCACAAGGAGUUUUUCAGAACAAUUUGGGAAAGAUUGCGCCACACACGUCUCGUGAAUUUCUUCCUGGGUCAGCAGUGGCAGGAAUUCUGCCUGUCGUGCGCUGCAACAAGCAACCAGGAUGUUGCUUUCGAAUCCUGCUCCCAGCUCCAUUGCCGUGGGAUCUUCUGCUCAAAAUGCUUAUCUGAUGAAAAUUUCUCCUGCCCACUGUGCAACAUCUCUCAGCAUCCUAAACAUCCUCAACAUUUGCAGCAGUGAGCAUCAUGUGGUUGCUAAUGUGCAACGUGUGCAGCAAAAUGAUUGAGAUUAAAGUGCAACAGUGGAUUUUGAUGAUAGCUUAGGCAUGUAAAAUGCUAAAUAGGCUACAAUGUAGUACAUACACGUGAUUGACGAGUCUCGGGGGAGAUAUUGAGCCGAUGCUCUCUGCUGUUAAUCCUUUAGCGACAGCCGCAGUUCAAUGAGAUGUGGAUAAAAUGGAAUGGAGGAGGACAAUGUUAAUAAAUCCAAUGGGAUGUGCGUCCCCUUGGGGGUGCCCUUUGAAGGAGUCCACGAGAGAGAGAGACGCGAUGCGCGAAAUGUGUUGUGGCGCGAGAGACGCGCCCUCGGAGACGGUCAAAGAAUCACACACCGGUUCAACGUGUACAAGAAACUCUCAGUCUCUCCGAAGCACUCUCCGUGUUCGGUCGAUGAUUUCAUGUUGCUGCAUUCAUUGUUGGAACCGCCAAUUUAAUAACACAACAAAAAGAGAAGUUGCACACCUGCGGAACAGGGGCGAAAAUUAAUUUUUUCAAUGAGAUUUUAAUUACAGUGCUGCGAAUAUCUUUGGUGGUGUUCCCAUUGAUUGGGUGUUUGUGAGAAAAAGAGUGUGACGGUGGGAAUUGAGAGUGAUCUCCUCAAGUGCAUCAAAUAGUAAAUUCCUCAUUAAAUUGUUUAUGUGAAAAAGAAAAACAUUGAGGAGGAUUUUAUAAGGAGAAAAAAAAAGAAGUCAAAGUUGAGAAAUGUGGUGUAGUGUAAAUUUGUGAUUUUCCUAUUUGAAUUUCCCGCCAAACGAAGAAGUUAAAAAAAAAAGAAUUGCAGUGCUGAAAAAAUGCCCCAAAUGGAGGAGAAUACGCGAUCUGGAGGAUCAGGAGGUACCUCAUCGGCAAACACACUUCCACAGGUCAGUGCCUUUCACCUCCUGCUGACCCAUUCAUGUGAAUUUCCACCUCAGCGUCAAUUUGCAAAUGGCAAUGACCUUAUUUAUUUAUUUUUUUACAAGCGAAAAUUCUUCUCUGUAGAGUCACAUUUUAUACACAACAGCAGAAAAAUCCCAAAUCGUGAUUUUCAUUAUUAUCCACCACGUGAACAAUACCUACAUACCAUUCCUAUGCCACAUCUCAUAUUGUUGUCUAUGUAAUGAAAAAAAGAACAUUUAGAAUCUCUCCCAACAAGCAAGAUUAUAACUCAUAAAAAUUUCAUAGCUCAAGAGAGCUGACGAACGUUUUUUUUUUUCGUUUUGGCACAGGCAAAGCUUUUUAUUCUGAAAUUUCUCAAGAAUUUCUGCAUUGGCGCAUUGGUGAAUAUUCCCGGAGAAAUUGCACUUCAAUUUAACUGAUAUCAAUCACUAAAAUAUAUUGUAAAAAUUCCAUUAAAAAAUUACUCUAUCCAUCCACCGUUUAAUUCGCCAUUCCACAGCUUUUUUUAAUAGGCUCUUAAUACGUUUAAUGAUAAAUUGUUGCUGUGAAAAUGCAAUUAAACGUAUCAUUUUGUAUGCAAAUAGUGAAAUUGCAUUUUCGCAAAAGUGCAAAAGGUUGCUAAACUCUGCAAAAAUAGCCACAGCGUGCAUGGAAUGGAGAGAACAUAAAUGGAAAUGCAAAAAAAAAGA